AUGGAGAGACACGUUUCUACAGUAUGUUUUCUGUUAAAAUUCUUUGUUUACAUAUUUCUCUGCGAGUGCACCUUCUCCAUUCUUUAUCUUCUUCGUAUAUUUCUUAACUCUUUUUCAUUCUACUCCAUCUUUUUCUUUUUCCUCUCUUUUUCAUUCUACUCUCUCAUUCUACUCUCUCUUUUUCUUUCUACUCCCUCUUUUUCUUUUUCCUCUCUCUUUUUCAUUCUACUCUCUCUUUUUCUUUCUACUCCUUUUUUCUUCCUCUCUCUUUUAAAUUCUUUUCUCUUUUUUUUUUUUUUCUCUUUUUUUUCCCUCUCUCUUUUCAUUUUCUCUCUCUUUUUCAUUCUUCUUCUCUUUUCAUUUCUCCUUCUUUUCAUUCUUCCCUCUUUUUAUUUCUCUCUUUCUUUUCUUUCUCUCUUUCUUUUUUCUUUUCUCUUCUCUCUUUUUCAUUCUCUCUCUUUUUCAUCAUCUUCUCUCAUUCUCUCUCUCUUUUCAUUCUCUCUCUCUUUUCUUGAAUUUUCAUUUCUCUCUUUCUUUUCUUUUCUCUCUUUUCUUUUAUACUCUCUUUUUCAACUUCGUAUUCUUUCUUUCUAUUUCUUCUUUCUUUCUAUUCCUAUUGUCUCAUCCCUUUUCUUCCUUCACCUAACCCUUCUUCUUUUUCCUCCUCUUUUUCUGUAUCUUCUCCUCUAUUUCCCUUCAUCUUUCACCUUCCUCUCCUUGUUCCACGUUUCUCUGUCCUCUUCUGUUUCUUCUUUACUUUGUCGUCCUCUUUUCCUUUAUCUUCUUCGCUUCCUCCUCUUUCUUUUUCUCACACACUUUUCUUCUUCUUCUUCGUUCCCCCCUCCUGUCUUUUCAACCUCAAUAACACUUUUUCUUCUCUUCUCUGCCGCCUUUGUUUCGACUUCUUUUUUUCUUUCUAUUCUUUUUUGUUUUUUUUUCUCCUCCUUUUCGUUUUCUUUUUCUCUUCUUUUCACACAUACCUUUUUCUGUUUUCCUUUCAUAUUCCCCCACCUCAGUUUCUUUUUUUUCCCUAUAAAUUCCAUCUUCUUUAUUGUCCUCUCCUUAAUCUCCCUUCUUGUCUCUCUAUCUUUUGUUUCAGUUGCUUCUUUCUCCCUUUCUUAUUUUCUGUUUCCUUUUCCCUCUAUUUUUCUUAUACAUUUCCCCUUCAUUUUUAUCCUCUUCUUGGCUCUCCUUUUUUUCUGUUUUCAUUGCUUAUUCCGCCAUUUCUUAUUUUCUGUCUACUUUUCUACACUAUUUUUCCAAUCGAUUUCCUCUUCCUUUAUUGUACUUACCUUAAUCUAUCUUUUCUUUCCGGCAUUGUUUGCUUUGUUUCUUACUACGCUUCUUCUUCUUCUUCUUCUUCUCUUUUUUAUUUUGUUAUCUUUACUUUACCCUUCUCUUCCCCCUUUUUAUUAUUUGAUUUCACAUUCUCUUCACUAUCAUCCUCGUCUCCUUUCCCUUUUGGUCCCCUUUCUUCUUCUUCUUCUUCUUCUUCUUGACCCCCUUCUUCAUUAUCAUCUACUACUGCUUUCUUGUUUUGCUCGACACGAGCAGGCAGGACUUCUUCUAUUAUGCCAAUCUCUCUUUCACUCAACGACGUCCAUGUCGGCCCUACCACCAGCUGCAAGCAGAUUUAUGAAGCUCCGCUUAUCUCAUAUUUCUUACCGCAACCUCUUGUUUGCAGCUGUCGCCGUAGCUGCUUUUACGAAAGUCGACGUCGACAAGCAGACAUUCUGCUUCGGUUCCCUUAGCGGCAUUUUCUCAAUAGCCUCUGCUCUUAGACUAAAUAUCACACUCGAUCGUUACAGCUUGAUAAAUGAAUUGACUUUCGCCAUUUGUCAUUGA